AUGGUGAUUGCCAACCUUGUAUUUUCAGCAAGCGGCACAUCGUUGGCGAGUGUGUCAAGGGAGCUGUAUUGUACCCUCUUCGGUCCGGCCCCAGACGAGCUAAAGCAUGAAUUCUACGUUUCUGUGCAGUUGCCCAGCUACAGCCGGCAUGCAAAGACUUACGUUGUGCAAAGUACGCUCAACGAGACGCUGGAGGGUCAGGUGGUGCAAUUGCCCUCAAAGAUAGAGGAUGUGCCGCUGGAUACGCCGUUGAUCGACCUUUGCAAGGUAGAGGCGGUGCGGGAGCGGCCACCGGUGUUGGAGAGCGUCACUAUAGAAGUGCACGGUAGCCUGUACGAGGAGCUCACUAAGCUCAGCGAGGAGGAUCAGCUGAGGUUCCUGCAGAUUCGGGGAGACCUGCGUGACUGCGGGACCGUUGUACGCGCGGGGCAAAAGCUGUUCGUACCAUGGUGUCAGAUUCUGGACUGUGUGCCGUACUAUCAAGGCUUGAUAGACCUGCAGCGGACCCGCAUUCUGCUACUGAAGGGAACGGACGCCAUGGAGUCUUGCCAUCUGCGCAAAGGCCUGGAAGACCUCAAGCUGCGGCCCAACGAGGGUCCGACGAAGGAGCUGCGCAUCAUGCUUCGGUGCCUGGAGCAGCCUAUCGAGCGGGCACUACUCGUGCCGGCUGCGGAUACAGAUGACGACGACUCAUUGUUUGUGUUUGCCAGCGCAGCAGUUCUGUUGCGGCUGGGCGUAACCAGUGGGGCGCGCGUGACGCUUUCAGAUGGGGCUACCUCGCGAAUUGCAAAGGUGUUCGUACUGCUCUCUCCGAACCACUUUGACUCAGACGCUAUAUACGCAACUCCACGGUUGGUGGUAAACUUCGCGGAGGCGGACAAAGUCGUUGUGUCAAAGUAUGAGGGCGAGAUGGCUGAGCUACCGGUGGCUUCUUCGGUAUCAAUCUCCCGUGUUGGAAGCUGGGAAAACUCGCAAAUGGUGUAUCAGAAGAUCAUUCUGAAUAACCUCACCAACUUCAUCACGGCUAAACAACGAAUAUUUUACAAAGAUGACCUCGUUCCAGUAACAUUCGACUCUGAUUUCUCUGCAAUGUUCUCGGACCAGUUGAACGAAUUCUCCGUCGACUACCACGAUGACUCACUUGUUUGGUUUAAGAUCGACACCGUGAAACUGAACGACGACAUCCCGUGCGAGGGCGCAUUUCGUAUUGACAGCAAGGUGACCAAGCUCGUGACUUGCAACGUAAGCUCUUCACCACCGCCCCCACUAUCCAAAUGUGACUAUGUCUCCUACUAUGGCUUGGAGCCAUGCUUCGGGUACGACCGCCGCGUCUUCGACUAUGCAAAACGGUUUCAUGACAUCAUCACAACAAGCCGCAAAUGUUUCCAGCACGGGAUGAACGUGGGGACCACUGUCAUGCUGCAUUCGUCUAGUGUCAGCGUCGGGAAGACUACGCUUGUGCGGUCCACAUGCAGAGAGCUCGGAAUCCACCUCAUUGAAAUUGACCUUUUGCAGCUGGACCCACACAUGAACUCAUCCAACAGUACAGUCAAUAUUGUGGCUCUCAUCCGGGCCAAGAUCGAAAAUGUGCUGCCGCACACUGCGCCAUCUGUAGUUUACCUUGCCCACCUGGAGGGUGUCCUCGAGAAGGAGGACCAGAUAUCGGAUCCCGCGAGCCUAAAGGCCGCAAAAUCAAUGGGCAUUGAACUCGCGAAACUGUUUACUGACUAUACGGAGUUGUAUCCAGGAACAGUGUUUGUAUGUUCUACUGAUGCGCUCGACGUAGUGCCCGAGGCGAUCCGCUCGAAAACUAAAUUCGAGAUCGAGGUACCCGUCCCCACCGAGACUCAGAGAGUUGAAAUAUUCAGCUGGUAUCUUUCCCCCGAUGUGCUAAACUUCAAUGCCAGCCAGCAAUUUGCAAUGGACCAUGAUGUGACGAUUUCAAGGCUGGCCCUCCAGUCUGCUGGUUUAACUCCGAUCGACAUUCGAUCCAUCGUUGAGAGUGCAAAGGUCUGUUGCUACCAGCGGUCCAAGGAGAAGCAGCAUAUGCUUUGGCAGGGAGGAUACAGGUACAUCAACUCAGCUGACCUCAGCGCGGCGAUUAACAAAGCUCGCGAUGAGUUUUCUGACUCCAUUGGUGCACCCAAAAUCCCCAACGUUUUCUGGGAGGAUAUUGGCGGGCUUGAAAUGGUCAAGGGCGAGAUCCUAGACACCAUCGAUAUGCCCCUCAAAUUCCCGGAGCUGUUUGCCUCUGGUAUGAAGAAGCGCAGUGGUAUCUUAUUCUAUGGUCCACCGGGAACAGGGAAAACGCUGCUUGCAAAAGCAGUGGCGACCAACUUUUCCCUAAACUUCUUCAGCGUCAAAGGGCCCGAACUGCUCAACAUGUACAUCGGUGAAUCAGAGGCUAACGUGCGGCGGGUCUUCCAGCGCGCCAGAGACGCAAAACCCUGUGUCAUCUUCUUCGACGAGCUUGACUCCGUCGCGCCAAAACGUGGCAACCAGGGCGACUCCGGUGGAGUCAUGGACCGCAUUGUCUCGCAGCUGCUAGCCGAACUCGACGGGCUCAGCACCGGGGGUGACGGUCUCUUCGUCAUAGGCGCCACCAACAGGCCGGACCUCCUCGACGAGGCCCUGCUGCGGCCAGGCCGUUUCGACAAGCUCCUCUAUCUAGGCAUCUCAGACACCAAUGAAAAGCAGGCGAACAUCCUGCGCGCCCUAACCCGCAAAUUUACUCUGGAUCCCGACGUCUCCCUCGAUGACCUCGCUGCGUCCUGCCCCUUCACCUACACUGGUGCCGACUUCUAUGCCCUGUGCUCCGAUGCUAUGUUGAACGCAAUGACGCGUAUUGCAGGCAAUGUCGAUGAGAAGGUGGCCAGUUACAAUCGUGCCCACAACAAGAACUACUCUGUUCGCCAAUGGUUCGACGUCAUCGCCACGGCGGAAGACACAUCUAUCACCGUCUGCAUGCAGGACUUCGUCAAGGCACAGCGAGAGCUUGUUCCGAGCGUAUCGGAGGGCGAAUUGAACCACUAUUUGGCCAUCAGAGACAACUUCGAGUCCUCUUAA